AUGAGUGCGACGCCUCAGCAGACAUCUACCUCUCUGCGAGAAGAAUUCGAAGCAUCCGCCCACAGCAAGAAUUACCAACCUCUCUGGACGGUCUUCGGUCAAAUGGUGCCAUCAAAACCCAAUCCCCGCGCCGUGCCAGCUAUCUGGCGAUACGAUCAGCUUCGCCCGGAUCUGAUGAAAUCCGGAACCAUCAUUACUGCGGAGGAGGCCGAGAGACGAGUGCUGAUGCUGGUGAACCCUAACAUGGAUGCCCCUCACACAACAGACACCAUCUACGGAGGCCUGCAGCUUGUUCUUCCCGGAGAAACAGCCCCCGCGCAUAGGCACGUUGCGUUUGCGCUUCGCUUUAUUAUCGAAGGCAAUGACGGGUUCACGGCGAUUGAAGGCCAGAAGAUCCAGAUGGAGACAGGGGAUGUGAUCCUGACUCCUUCGUGGUGCUGGCAUGAUCACGGUAAUGAGGGCAAGGCUCCCAUGCUCUGGCUUGAUGGAUUGGAUUUGCCGCUAUUUCGACGGUUCCCGGUGAAUUUCGCAGAGGAGUACACAGAGAGUCGUUACCCUGCGUUGUCUUGUCUAACUGAAGCAAAUUUAUUUAUUAGGGACACCCAAGACAGCCCCAUACGCUUCCCCUGGCGGGACGUGCAGGCUAAGUUGGACGGCGCAAAUCUACCAUACGCAGUUUAUCACUAUAAGAGUAAGGGAAAGAGUUAUCUUUCUGAUACUAUCAGUGCUCAAGCGGAGCGGUUGGGUCCGGGUUACACCACUGUUCCUCGGCGGGAGACUUGCUCGUUUCUAUAUCAUGUUAAAUGCGGUAAGGGCUAUUCUAAGCUUGUAACGGCAGAGGGAGAGGCACUUGAGAUAGAGUGGAAAGAGAAGGAUACGUUUGCUGUGCCUGCAUGGUGUCAAAUUCAACAUGUAUGUUUGUCAGGUGAGCCUGCUUAUCUUUUUGCGAUUAACGACCGACCCAUGCUGGAGUCGUUGGGGUUUAUCAGACAGGCUUAA